GCCUUCGCCAACUUCUUCUCCUCAUUCUCCUCCUCCAUUUCCUUCCGGGCCUACGGCGACACUCGAGAGAGGCAUAUACUAUACUGCGUGUCUGGUGUCUUUCCCACAACGUCGCAUUCCCAUCAACCUCACAAUCUCCAACCUUACAAUCUCCAACCUCACAAUCCCCACCUCACAAUCUCUAACCUCACAAUGCCUACCUUACAAUGCCUACCUUACAAUCUAAACAUGAAUGUUAAUAAUCAACUUUCUUUCCGCCGAAGGGCCUCAUGGCCACCACAGUACAGCCGCCUAACGGGCAUCCCGAAGGAGAGGAAGAAGGAGAGGAAGAAGGAGAGGGAGAAGGAGAGGAAUAAGGAGAGGAAGAAGGAGAGGAAGAAGGAGUGGAAGAAGGAGUGGAAGAAGGAGAUGGAGAGGGUGAGGAAGGAGACGGAGGAGAAGAAAAGGGAGGCCAUGAGAGUUAAGGAGUUCUUCCUUGCCCAGUCGCUGCGCAUGGGUAAGGAUAGCGUUUGGGCCUCCGGGAAUCGUGAGAAGAAGGAUUCGAGAAUCCUGAAAUACAGCGUCCUGCAUGAUCGUGCGGACUUCCUCGCCUUCGCCUCCAUCUCCUCCUAG